AUGAAUGAAACACUUCAAGAAGUCAAUCAAACCGCACUGAAUGAAACACUUCAAGAAGCCAACACCACCAUACUAGUGCUAAUUGAAGAAAAUGUAGUGGACGUCAAUGUGAUCACGGAAGCAGUCCGAAUUGGAGGUCUCUUCUUCAUGUCCAUAUGCAUUACACUGUCGUUUGGGUUCGCCGCCUGGGUGAUUUACAAUCGAGCCGCACCCACUGUGAAAAUGAUGCAGCCUCAGUUCUUGCUCAUGCUGUGUUUUGGGACAACUCUUACAUCAUUCACCAUAUAUCCCAUGGGAGCCAAUGAUCUAAACACAGAUCACAUUAAUGCGGCCUGUUUAUCAUGGCCGUGGUUGUCCUACAUGGGAAAUACCAUCACCUUUUCCGCCCUGUUUUCCAAAUUAAUGAGGGUCAAUGAGAUCUUUCAUGCGCAGGGAUUUCAAAGAAAAGUUGUCACGGCAAAGGAUGUCUUGCUUCCUUUUGUAACUCUGGUUGUGAUCAACUUGACCUUGCUGAUCAUCAUGUCCGUUCUGGACCCGAAUAAAUGGAAGAGAGUGCCGGUUUCGGAAGACGAUCCCCUCAAUACCAUUGGCUAUUGCGACUAUGAAACAUGGGUUGGAAAUCUAAUGGUUGGGCUGCUGGACCUGGUGAAUUUUGUAGCACUGAUUAUUCUGUGCAUCCAAGCAUACAGGGCUCGAGACAUCAAGAGUGACUUUAGUGAAGCCAGAGGUGUGGCAUUGGCACUCUUUUGCUGGCUCCAAUCCUCUCUCAUUGUCACUCCUACACAAUGGAUUCUUGAUCCAACUCAAAUUGAUACACGCUACACACUCAAUGUCAUGCAACUAUUUGUCAAUGCCAUGUCCUUGCUACUAUUCAUCUUUUGUCCCUUGAUUGCUCACCAUCGACACCGUGUCAAGUAUGGCGGCUCACAAAAGCAUACUCGAAUAUCUGGCCUUGACCUUGAAAUUGGUAGCACAGCAGCAAAGAGGACCUCUGCAGAUACACCCCAAAUGCCUGGUCAUCACAGAGAUUCUGCUGGUGAUCAACAACAUCAUGAUGGUCGAAACAGCCCAAUUUCUACUACUCCCAUGCAACAUCCCAACAUUCCAGAGAUGGUACUGGAAUUACAAGCUCUUCGUGCCCGUGUUGCGGAUUUACAAUCCAGUAUUGCCACAGCUUCACAGAGAGCUGAAGAGAACGAAGCUCAACCAAUCAAGGACAGAGAAAUUGAUGAACCAUCAUAA